AUGUCCGCUCUCCCAGUUCGCGUUGCUCAUGCAUGGGCAAUUGUGUGGCUUGACUUCUAUCAGACACCCUGCUUGAUAACGGAGGGUUUCACUGACGGCAUCAAGGGAAUGUUCAGGGAGAUAGGCAGAGGGAAGCAGGAGUACCCCUUCAACCCACUGAAUCCUGCGAACGCGACAACAAACCGCUUGGGCCGGAAGAAGAAGUACUGCAACGACAAGGACUCUUUCCGCUUCGGAGCGACCUAUUAG